UUCACAUCUCUUGUGUCUCUUUCCGAAGCACACCUGUCCUUCCUGGCGUACCAGAACAGCCCAAGCGCCGAACGUCAAGCACUCCUGCCGCAUCCCGGCCCUAGGGCCUACAGGAUUUUGGAGCCAGAUCAAGCUACUGCGAUAAUCUACCUAAAUAUCAACAGCUGAACUACAGCUCACGGUGCUCUUCUUAGAACCACUCGUUCUUCGUAGAACUGUGCCACCAUGGAAGAAGGCAGCCAGCUAUGGAACCUGGAUAAGGUUUUCUGGGAUAACUACCUGAAGGGCCGACCAAAAGUCCCCGACAGCUUUUUUGAGCGCAUCUUCAACUAUCACGCCAAACACUCCGGCAAUUUUGAGAACGCACACGAUGCUGGAGCCGGUCCUGGCGUGCAUUCUGCUCGCCUCGCCAAGCGCUUCGGGCAUGUGCUGCUAUCGGAUCCGGCGGAGAAGAACAUUGUCAUCAUGCGGAAGGCGCUAGGAGAGAAUAGCCAAUUCGAUAUUCGUCAUUCUAAGCUCGAGGACGUAGACGGCAUUGUGCCAGGUAGUAUGGACUUGGUUUUCGCUGGGGUAAUGAUUCACUUCGUCGAGCAGCCCAAGGGUAUCGAAAGCGUGGCCCAUCAGCUCAAGCCGGGUGGAACAUUUGCGUCGGGCGAGUUCGGCAUAGCAUUCAUCAAGAACCCUGCGGCACAACGCAUUUGGACCCAGCUGUUUCAUCAAGGCGUCAUUAACGUCAUGAAUCGAUUCAGAGCUGCCGGCAAUGAAGCCAUGUUUGCAGUACUGCAAAGGGCGGCUUCUAUGAAUGGAGCCGUGCCUUUACCGGAGGAAUACUUCAAGCCCGGCGCCAUCCGUCUGAGUCUGAAUCACCCAGAGUGUUGGUCAUUUUAUGAUGAACAAUGCCCGCCGCAGCUUAGGCACGAGCUGCCGCAGAUCAUUGCUACGGGGCCGAACGAUGUGUUGCGGUUCGAGAGUGAGACUGGCCGGGAGUUUACUGCGGACAUGACGCUGCUCAAGAUCAUUAUGAGUACCUACACCUUCGACCCCGAGGGUGAAGGCUUGCCGGAGUUGUGGGACGAGCUGGGGGAAAUUGUUGGUGAUGGAAGCGUCGAUUGUGCGUGGCCUGCAGAACUGAUCCUUGCAACCCGGCGGUAAGCGUAGCAGAAGUCUGCGGACGAUGUUGACUGCUAUUCUCAGCAUUGUUGUAGUGUUAAGAAAUACCAUCCCAUCAUCACUGCAAUCCUAUGUGCACUCAUCCUGUUACUUGUCCCUCAUAGAACGCCCACGCAGCUGAGAUUGGUACGCUCGAGAUCCGAACAGCUCUUCCCGAUACUGCUCCACCUCCGGUACGAAAGAAGGACAUUCGUGCCUCACGAUAGAGACCAGGACCCAGAAUUA